GUAUUUUUUUCCUCUCAGCUGAGGACUUUUAAGCGUGACGCUUUAAGCGGAAGUGAGCGCGGAGUCUCGUUUCCGCUCACGCGUCCAUGCAAACAAACAACUCCUGGAAGGGUGUGCGUGAUGGACGUCUUGCGGCCGGUCCUCGUUAACAUCAACGGCAGAAUUUACAGAAAGAAUCCCGUUCAGGAGGAAACUUACGAAGAGGAAGAAGAAGAGUACGACCGUUCGUACUCGGGAGCAGCGUCUGAGCAGUGUCUGGACGAGCCGUGUGACUCCUACAGCAUCGAGCAGACGGACCGGGGCUUCCGCUGCGCCGUAGAUGUGCCCAGCGUCCUUUACAAGUAUAUCAUCGGUAAGAAAGGAGAGACUCGUAAACGACUGGAAUCAGAGACUAAAACGUCCAUCAGCAUCCCAAAACAAGGCGUGGAAGGACCGAUCGUGAUCACAGGUGCACACAGAGCUGGCGUCUCCUCGGCUGUGACCCGUGUUGAGGUUUUGAUCGACAGCUUUCGCAGGAAGCAGCCUUUCACGCACUUCCUGUCGUUUGCGCUCAACCAUGGCGAGGUGCAGCAGGGCUUCCUGCGCUUCAGAGAGCAGGUGCUGGAGCGCUGUGGACAGGAUGCAGGCGUGGAUGAGAGUAUUUUCCAGAACCCGGCCAAACUCCACCUGACCAUCGGCACUCUGGCCCUGCUGAACGAACAGGAAGUGACACGCGCGAGCGAACUCCUGCAGCGGUGUCAGGACACGAUCAGAGAUAUAACCGAAGCAAAAGCGCUUCCUGUUGAGGUCCGAGGGAUUGAGUACAUGAACGAUGACCCCUCGAUGGUGGACGUUCUUUAUGCCAAAGUGGCUGUUCAGGACGGAUCUGACAAGCUCCAGCAGAUCACAGACAGGCUGGUGGAGUGUUUCUCAGCAGCCGGUCUGAUGGAGCGGGAGCGAGUGAAGAUUCACGGCACCGUCAUGAACACACUGUUCCGGAAAGAUCCGUCAGCCGAGGACAAGGGGGCUUCAGCGAGACCCGGCGCUAAGGAGCGAGAGGCUUUUGAUGCCAGAAACGUCUUGCAGAUGUUCGCUGAGUUUUAUUUCGGCGCGUUGGAGCUGAAUUCGGUGCAGAUCUCUCAGAGGUUCUCCACCGACGCCUCGGGGUAUUAUUCCUCGGCGGGACACAUCACUUUCUCCUGACGGGAUGCUAAAACUUGGCUCUGGACUUUGCUGUUGAAUGCAUCACAGUUCUCUGUUUUGCAGCUGAAUUAUGCAUUUAACAAUCAGUUAUCUAUGUUAUGCAUUGUAAAUAACAUAAAGAGCGUUUUAAUGGAA